CCAUGCCGCUGCUGGGUGCCCUGCUGCUGGCCCUGGCCCUGCUCUGCACCUGGGGGCUGGCGCGCCGGCGGGACACCCUGGCGAUGGCCACCGGGCCGGCUUUGGGGCGCCCGCGGAGCCUGCCCGCCCUGCCGCUGGUGGGGAGCCUGCUGCAGCUGGCCGGGCACCCGCAGCUCCACCUGCGGCUGUGGCGCCUGCAGGGCCGCUACGGCAGCCUCUACGCCCUGUGGAUGGGCUCCCACUACGUGGUGGUGGUGAACAGCUAUCGGCACGCCAGGGAGGUGCUGCUGAAGAAGGGCAAAGACUUCGCCGGACGGCCCCGCACCGUGACCACGGACCUGCUGUCCCGGGGGGGCAAGGACAUCGCCUUCGCCAGCUACGGGCCCCUCUGGAAGUUCCAGCGCAAGCUGGUGCACACCGCCCUCUCCAUGUUCGGAGAAGGCUCGCUCGCCCUCGAGAGGAUCAUCUGCCGGGAGGCGGCAUCCCUGUGCGAGACACUCAGCGCUGCGCAGGACAUGGCCCUGGACAUGGCCCCCGAGCUCACACGGGCCGUCACCAACGUGGUCUGCUCCCUCUGCUUCAACUCCUCAUACCAGCGUGGGGACCCUGAGUUCGAGGCCAUGCUGGAGUACAGCCAGGGUAUCGUGGACACCGUGGCCAAGGAGAGCUUGGUGGACAUCUUCCCCUGGCUCCAGAUAUUUCCCAACAAGGACCUGGCCCUGCUGAAGAAAUGUCUCCAGGUCCGGGACCAGUUGCUCCAGCAGAAAUUCACUGAACACAAGGAAGCUUUCUGCGGAGACACCGUGAAAGACCUCAUGGAUGCCCUCCUGAAAGUGAGGCUCAGUGCUGAGAACAGCAGUCCUCCGGAGCCAGGGCUGAAGCUGACUGACGACCACCUCCUCAUGACAGUGGGGGACAUCUUUGGGGCUGGUGUGGAGACCACCACAACUGUGCUCAAAUGGGCUGUGCUCUACCUGCUCCACUACCCUGAGAUCCAGAGGAAGAUCCAGGAGGAAAUGGACCAGAAGAUUGGCCUGGUACGUCACCCCCACCUCAGCGACCGCCCGCUGCUGCCCUACCUGGAGGCCACCAUCAGUGAAGUGCUGCGCAUCCGGCCCGUGUCCCCCCUGCUCAUCCCACACGUGUCCCUUGCCGACACCAGCAUUGGGGAAUACUCCAUCCCCAAGGGUGCCAGGGUCAUCAUCAACCUCUGGUCUGUGCACCACGACGAGAAGGAGUGGGACAAGCCUGAGGAGUUCAAUCCUGGCCGCUUCCUGGAUGAGCGGGGCCAGCACAUCCAUUCACCCUCACCCAGCUACCUCCCAUUUGGAGCUGGGAUCCGUGUCUGCCUGGGAAAAGUCCUGGCCAAGAUGGAGCUCUUCCUCUUCCUGGCCUGGGUGCUGCAGAGGUUCACACUCGAGUGCCCUGAGGACCAGCCCCUGCCCUCACUGGAGGGCAAGUUUGGUGUGGUGCUGCAGGUGCAGAAGUUUCAGGUGAAGGCCAGGCUGAGGGAGGCCUGGAGAGCAGCCUCAUGAUGGGAAGGAGCCCUGGAUCCCAGGCAGGGGGAGUGGGGGGGUAAGACCACAGAGGCUGCCCCAUGGAUGGGCGGUUAUCCAGAUAAAGCUAUUCCCAACACAG